CCCAUCUUUAAAUUCUAUCUUUGGUUAAACCCGAGUUUCUAAACCCCUCGCAAAAAAAAAAUACCAAACAAACCGUAAGUGUUGAAGUCGAUUCCUAGAAUCAAAACAAGAUUAGGGUUUCAAAAAUCACCAUUUCCUAACCAGAGCACGUUCUUGUUGAAGAUCAAACCCCCAAAUCGAAACCCUCAAUACAAGGUUAAAGUAUGGGGGCAUUUAUAUCAAAGUUUUGGUUCAUGAUGUUUCCGGCGAAGGAAUAUAAGAUUAUAGUUGUUGGAUUGAAUAAUGCUGGUAAAACGACGACGCUUUACAAAUUGCAUUUAGGAGAAGUUGUCACCACUCAUCCUACAGUUGGAAGCAACGUUGAGGAGCUUGUUUACAAGAACAUACGGUUCGAGGUCUGGGAUCUUGGUGGGCAAGAAAGACUCCGGACAUCAUGGGCAACAUAUUAUCGCGGAACACAUGCUGUCAUUGUAGUGAUAGACAGUACAGAUAGAGCCAGGAUCUCCCUGAUGAAGGACGAACUCUUUAGGCUGCUACCUCAUGAAGAUCUUCAAAGCUCAGUUAUACUUGUAUUUGCAAACAAACAGGACCUCAAGGAUGCCAUGACUCCUGCUGAGAUAACUGAUGCACUUAACCUUCACAGCAUUAAGGACCAUGAUUGGCAUAUCCAAGCCUGCUGUGCCCUUACCGGAGAAGGUUUGUACGAUGGUUUGGGGUGGAUUGCCCAGCAUGUUACUGGGAAAGCACCAACCUAGAACUAAAAUGAUAGAAGACAAGGUUAUUACACUGCCCUUGGGUUUGAGGCUUUUAAACAGGUGGUUAUUCUGUGUACUAUCUAACUAUACGAGUGCUGUGGUUGAAUGUAUUGUCUCAUUGUUCUCAUUUUGAUUUUGCUUAUACAAGUCGUAAUCUUCUG